CUGGCGAGGAUUUGACGUCACCUUAGAGACGACCCAAAUAAACAGCGUCCCAAAAGAUCUGAACUCUUCAGCAUUUUCAGACGUCUUUCUUUGCUCUGUAGCGGCCGUAAGCUGAAAACUCACGAUGCCGGCGACUUCGCACCUCCCCAAACAACCGAUCCAAGAACAGAUCGCGGAACUCAACAGGAAAAUCGCGCUUUUAGACGGCGACCGUAAGGCGUACUACGAGAGCUCACAAUGGACCAUGAAGAAGAACCGGGAGCUGGUGUCUCAGCUGAGACAGGAGAACAAACAGCUGCACAAGCUCAAGGCAGACGCUGUGGCUAUGGAUGACAAGGUCCUGAAUGAAGCCUUCCAUAACAGGAACGUGGAGAGGGCCGCUCUCAGGGGCAAGUCUGGGAAGCAAGCCAUCACCAUCGUUGACCACAAGGUGUGCGACACCAUCAAGCGUCUGAACGACCUUCGGCACAAGACGGAGGUGAAACAGAAGAAGCUUGCGGAGCUGCAGACACAGCACGACCAGAUGAUCACGGACGCCAGCGCCGCGCAGGAGAUGUCUACGGGAGAGUCCGAGGACGCUCAGAAAGGACGACAGGGAAGUGCUAGGAGAGCAACUGACCAGACCUUACGCCAGCUUGAGAACCGACUUGACAAGAUGAUGCUGAAGUGUCAGGAGGCAGAACACAUCCGCAAGACUUACCAGCAGAUCAAGGUGCACCUAGGCAAGGAGGGUCUGACCUACGCGAACCAGCUGGACGCCCUGGAGGCAGAGAUCCUGCGGGCGAGGUCGGAGCUGACAGAACUCAAGGCCAUGAACAACGACGCUCAGCUGGCCAGGGACGCUGCUAGGGGAGAGCUGUCUAAGCAUGAGGAACAGGUCCUGCGGGAGAGGAGGGAGAGAGAGACGGCUCUCAACGAGUACAAGAAACUUGCCGAGGAGAAGAAGGCUCACGCUGAGAGGGUGGAGAGAAGGAUGCAGCGUGCGUCCCUGCAGCAGGAGGAGCUUCAGCAGGAGCAGCAGAAGCAGCAGAUGACACUUGAGGAGCAGGAGAGGAAGAUCACCACGUAUGAGGAGGCCUUCAGGCACAUCAAGGAGGCCACAGGCGUCUCAGACACACAGGAGGUAGUGGCGCGGUUCAUGUCCCAGGGCGACACCCAGCGACACCUCGAGGAGCUGAAGCGGGAGAACGAGAAGCAGCUGAGUCGUCUUAAGGAGGAAAAGGAGCAUCUGCAGGCCGAGUUCGAGGAUAUGAAGUACUCGGGAGAGGCCAAGCUCUCCAGUGGCCAGCGUAUGCUUGAGGAGAUGCAGUCCCACCUGGAUGGGGAGGAGGCUCGCCGUGACGAGGCCCAGGACAAACUGGAGCGUGCCAGCCACAUCCUGGUCAGCGUCAAGUCUGGGGUGGAGCAUCUCGCAGACAAGCUGCAGCACAUCAAGGCUGCUAAAGGCCAUGUCCCUACAGCUAAGAUCUCCCCCACAUCAGAUGAGUAUGUUCUGGACCUGCUGUCCAUUUCUGAGGAGAAGCUGCUGAAGCUGAUGGAGGAGCUGGAUGGGAAGGACCUGCAGGACAUCAUCAGGCAGAUGGAGGAGGAGGAGUUCCACGCGAGCAUCGAGACGAAGGUGCCGAGCCACAACACGCGCAUCAAGCUCCCGCAGACGCAGAAGCAGGGCGACAUCUACCAGGAUGACGAGGACUCGGGAGACGACGAAGACUCCACGCUGACACGGCAGCAGCUCAAGAGACAGGCCCAGCAGAUCGUGGACUCCAAGACCAGGAAGAGGACCAAACCUCGCAAGAAGAAGGGGAAACAGUGAAGACUUUAAGACGUUUAAAGUAAUCGUGGACA